CCCGCUUGUUGCCAACUUCCCGUCAGUCAUUUUAUUCGCUGGCUGUUAGUUUACGGUCGACAAUAUCCUUAAAAAUCUUCGUCAUCGGAAGUUAAUUUCUAAAGUGACAUUAUGAGUUCUGGUAUGCCUGAAUUGGGCUCCAAGAUAAGCCUAAUAUCGAAAGCUGAUAUUCGUUACGAAGGCCGACUCUUCACCGUCGAUCCUCAGGAAUGUACCAUCGCUUUAGCUAGCGUGCGAUCAUUUGGUACUGAGGAUCGAGAGACUCAGUAUCCAGUGGCACCACAAAGUCAGGUCUAUGAUUACAUCUUGUUCCGUGGAUCGGAUAUAAAGGAUAUAAGAGUACUGAACAAUGUUCCGUCUUUGCCUAAUGAUCCAGCCAUUGUGCAGAUGUCUGUACCACCAUCCCUCGGUACUGGUGGACAGGGGCAGUAUACAGGGCAGUACAACCAUCCUGUCGUUGGACAGACGCAAUAUCCUCAAUAUCACCCCAUGGCCGGCUUUCCUGGGAGUGUUCACCCUCAGCUCAGCAAGACCAGUGAGUUAUCCCCUCAAACCUCCGUGGAUUUGACACCACAACCUCAACCUGUAAAUGCACCGAUUGGAUCAGGAGUGGUGCAUCACAACCAAGUGAAAGACCAAGGUUCAAUGUUAGACCUUAUUGGAGGUGGUUCUCAACAAAGUGCUUCACGAUCUGGUACUCCAGCUGCUGUGGGACACAGGAAGAGCCCUACAGCUGAUCAAGGCACUCAGCAGGCAGGCUCUGGAGCCGGCGGUUCGGGGCAGCGUGAUAGCCGGCGCACGAGCACCAGCGGCGGCACAUCAACCAAGCCUACCGGCCAGCGCCCGCGACCCCUGUCUCGCACGCGUCAGCGACAGCCCAGCGGCUCGCAGCCUCAACAGAUGCACAAUCACCAGCCUGGUGAGCAUGUUGAAAUGCAAAAUUACAACCGCGGUGGAUGGCGGGGAAGGUCACGUGGACGUGGCCGCGGCUUCGUACCUCGUAACAAAAACACGCUCAAGUUUGACAAUGACUAUGACUUUGAGCAGGCUAAUACUGAGUUUGAGGAGCUCCGCAGUCAGCUAGCAAAAGCUAAGAUCUCAGAUGCUGAAGUAAAAGUCGAAGGUGAAGUGGACAAGAAGGACGAUUCUGGUAAUGAAACUGGAGCUGGUGAACCUGAGUUAGAAGAAGACAAUCUAGCAUUUACUGGUUAUGAUAAAAAGAAGAGCUUCUUUGAUAAUAUAUCCUGUGAGGCCGUAGAAAGGUCAAAGGGUCGCAGCCAGCGAACGGACUGGCGAACGGAGCGCAAGCUGAACUCCGAGACGUUCGGCGUGGCGUCGGCGCGGCGCGGGGCGUGGCGCCCGCGGGCCACGUGGCGCCACCCGCCGCACAACCCGCACCCGCACCCGCACGCGCACCCACACGCGCACCCGCACGCACCGAACCAUCCUAUGUCUUACUUCCCCAGCUGGAGGCCGAUGCGAGGCGGGCGCGGUCGAAUCAACCACAACAACAGCGGCAACUUGAACAACAACCACCACAAUCAACACAACCAACAACGUCGCAACAACGCGCCUGCCGCUUCUGCAUCCGCACCGCCGCCGUCGCAACAAGCCUCCGCUGCAGCCAAGUAGGGGUCGAAUGACGUGAAGAGUAUACUGAAUCUUAAUUUAUUAUCGCGAGGACUAAUCACAAAUGGAUAAGUAACGGAAAAGUGUAUGUUGGUGAUUGAAGUGUGUAAUUAUGUAAUCGGUUUAAAUAUGUAAAGGGAGCUGUAAUACGGGAAGACAUAACAAGGCUAGGAUUCAAGUGAUGGACAUUGCUUUGGUGUGAUAGUGUUGUAUCCAAUAUAAGGAAGGUGUUAGAAAUGAAUUCCCGUAAGCAUGCGACAGAACAAAUCGUCUUCGUCCAGGCGCUCAUGGCUAGCGCGAUGUAAGUAUAUUAAUAGGUGAGCCACACAUUCAGUCAAUGGGCUGUAUUGACCUCUCGAAUCUUGUCACAAGUCGACCGAUACGAUAUUAGGCUAAAUUCUGUGAUGUGAGGUAUCAAUAUAAUUUAUUGUAAUUGUUGCCUUUUGUAAUGAAUAUAGAGCCGUGCAUUGUAUAAAUUAAAUCUUUAUUUAUAUUAUGCCCAAAAACAUUUAUUUUUUUGUCCUAGCUUCUCACCUAUUACGCGCAUUUGUGCCUAUUAAGAAUUGUAACGAGAGUUAGAUUAUAAAUGUGUUUUUAUUUUUUCCAAAGUGUCAUUGCACUUUUAAUUUUUUUUUGUAAGCAAUGACGCAAUGGGCAGUGUUACAGCAGUCCUACUAGAUUAUAGUAAAAAUGAGCUUAUAGAAAUAUCCUUGAGCGCGUUUGUUCCUUUCUGCUGGACAGGUUUUCUUAAAAAUGUAGAAAAAUUUAUUAGUGUUUACUAAAGUACUUGAGGUGUUUCAGCUCAAAUUAAAAAACCUUGCAAUGACUCAAUGUGAUUUAUUGACUGUCAUUUUUUAUUGUUAGUUUUAGAGUAAAUGAAUUGUGAUAGUAGGACUGCUGGCAUGAUCCUGUGGCAGUCUCACUGGAGUGUAGUUUGUGAUAGUAGGCGAAGAUUUGUUGAUGUUGAAUAGAAUUGUGAUCUGCCACGAGGAUUACAGCCAGAUUGAGCUGCAGUGAUUCAAAGUGUUUUAUCACACAAAUUAUAUGAUAAUAUUUGUUUAAAUAAGGACUCCUUUGUUUCUCAUAUCAAAUUGCUCUCAUUAUAUUGUAAAUUUUAAAGUCGAUUGGCUAAAGUUCCGUUUUGUACGGAUUAUCGAAAUAAAUUUUGACAAAAUACAAUAUAUUUGUAAAUCUGUAACUCAAAAACUGUACCUGGUGAUUGUAUUAAUACGGAAAUAUACAUUUACUACAAAUCUUC